CCUUAUAAAAAUGUAUUUGAUGUACACUUUGAACGAAAAUGGUGAACGUGUUUACACCUUGAAGAAACGUACUGAAGAUGGACGCCCCACAAUCUCUGCCCAUCCAGCACAUUUCUCACCCGAGGACAAAUACUCCAGACAACGUUUAACCAUUAAGAAACGUUUUGGUUUGCUGUUAACACAAAAACCAGAACCUGUCUAUUAAGUUUCCAAAAAUUU